AUGGCCAACCCACCCCAUGGCGGUGUCCUCAAGGACCUGAUCGCGCGUGAUGCGCCGCGGCGCAAGGAGCUCUACGACGAGGCGGAGAAGCUUCAGGCGAUUGUCCUCACCGAGAGGCAAUUGUGCGACUUGGAGCUUAUCCUCAACGGAGGUUUCUCGCCGCUAGAAGGCUUCCUGAACGAGAAGGACUACAAUGGUGUCGUCGCGGACAACCGCCUCGCAGAUGGAGCUCUCUUCUCCAUGCCCAUCACGCUCGACGUGUCGCAACAGACGAUAGACAACCUUGGUAUCAAGGCGGGAGCUAGGGUUGCGCUGCGCGACUUCCGUGAUGACCGCAACCUUGCUAUCAUCACGGUCGACGAUGUCUACAGGCCGGACAAGCAAAAGGAGGCCAAGGAGGUCUUUGGCGGCGACCCAGAGCACCCCGCCGUCAAGUAUCUCUACGAGACCGUUCAGGAGUUCUACGUCGGCGGCAAGCUUGAAGCGAUCGACCGGUUAGAGCACUACGACUAUGUUGGUCUGCGAUACACCCCCGCAGAACUACGCCUUCACUUCGACAAGCUUGGCUGGUCCAAGGUCGUCGCUUUCCAGACCCGUAACCCCAUGCACCGCGCUCACCGUGAGCUUACCGUCCGCGCCGCCCGCGCUCGUCAAGCCAACGUCUUGAUCCACCCCGUCGUCGGUCUCACCAAGCCCGGUGACAUCGACCACUUCACCCGUGUCCGCGUCUACCAGGCACUUCUUCCUCGAUACCCCAAUGGCAUGGCCGUCCUUGGUCUGCUGCCUCUCGCUAUGCGUAUGGGUGGUCCUCGUGAGGCCAUCUGGCACGCUAUCAUCCGCAAGAAUCACGGUGCCACUCACUUCAUUGUCGGUCGUGACCACGCUGGCCCCGGAAAGAACUCCAAGGGCGAGGAGUUCUACGGUCCUUAUGAUGCACAAUAUGCGGUCGAGAAGUACAGGGAUGAGCUCGGCAUUGAGGUCGUGCCCUUCCAGAUGAUGACCUACCUCCCCGACUCGGACGAGUACAAGCCGAAGGACGAGGUCAAGGAAGGUAUCCGCACCUUGGACAUCUCCGGAACGGAGCUCCGCAAGCGCCUCCGAACUGGACAGGAGAUCCCCGAGUGGUUCUCCUACCCAGAGGUUGUCAGAGUCCUCCGCGAAUCCCACCCCCCGCGUAGCCAGCAGGGGUUCACCAUCUUCCUCACCGGUCUCACCAACUCAGGCAAAGAUGCCAUCGCCCGCGCUCUCAACGUCACCCUCAACCAGCAAGGCGGCCGCUCCGUCUCUCUCCUCCUCGGCGAGAACGUCCGCUCCGAGCUCUCGGGCGAGCUCGGCUUCUCCCGCGAGGACCGCGACCGCAACAUCGGCCGCAUCGCCUUCGUUGCCUCUGAGCUCACCAAGGCCGGUGCCGCCGUCAUCGCCGCGCCCAUUGCGCCCUUUGAGCAGGCUCGCCAGCACGCUAGGGAGCUCGUUGAGAAGUACGGCAGCUUCUACCUGAUCCACGUCGCCACGCCGCUCGAGUACGCCGAGAAGACGGACAGGCGCGGCAUCUACGCCAAGGCCCGCAACGGCGAGAUCAAGGGCUUCACCGGCGUCGACGACCCGUACGAGGUGCCGCAGAAGGCCGAUCUCACCGUCGACAUCUCGAAGAGCAACGUCCGGACGGCGGUGCACCAGAUCAUCCUCCUUCUCGAGGCUGAGGGUCUGCUUGAGCAGCUAUAG